UCUCCAAUCAUUUCCAUUGGCCCCAAUGAACAAUGGUCCAUUGAUGGACACGAUAAGUUAGCCUCGUAUGGAGUUGGGAUUUAUGGUAUACGUGAUGUUUAUUCAGGCCGUCUCUUGUCCCUACAAGCCAUGCCUUCAAACCGGCGGAGUGAUGAUGUUCAUUGCAUCUUCAUCAAUACUGUUGUAAAGGUUGGCGGAUUUCCUCUGCAAUUAGCAAGUGACAGAGGUUCAGAGAUUGGUGAAGUCAUUGCAUCUCAGAUUGCUUUUCGCAGUAACACCUAUUCCUCCAUCUCCAUCGAAGACAUCUUUCCCUAUAAACUCCUUAAAAGUACCCGAAAUAUCACAAUUGAAAGAUCUUGGAGAAAUGUACGAGAGAAUGUUGUUGAUCAAGUCAAAGUAUCACUGAACUCUGCAUAUGCUUCAGGAAUGAUCAAAGACGGUGACCCGGUCCAUCAAACCCUUCUCAACUGGCUUGUGCCUCAUGUGGUUCAGAACGCCCUUGAUGAAUACCUCCAAAUAUUCAACUCUUACCCUGUCCGAUAUCAAAAAGACAAAGUGAAUCCCUCAGGAGCAUCAAGAAAUGAAAUUUACUUUCAUCCGCAACGAUGGGGUGGAAAGGAGUGCUUGCAA